UCUCUGUGUCCAUAGUCAAAACUGAGUUAAUUGUAUAAUAUGAAAAGUUGUAUUUCAGAACAUAAACAAUAUUUAACUUUAGCCAAUAGUUGCAGACAAAUGGCCAGUCUAUUUUGAAAGUGAACACAGCUUACCUUCUACCAAGAAUAAGCACUCGUAGAUGCAGUUAUUGCGUUACGUAGCAUACAUUCAGAACUGUUCUAUCUUAUUUGUAUGUAACAAGUUAUCUCUCAUGUAACAAAGUAUGCAUGCUGAGAGCAUGCAGCAACAUUAUUUCUUAUCAUUGGCAGACUAGCUCCAUAAUCUGCUGCUGUUAGCAUUACCUGAGCCCUUCACAACAUCAUAACAUUAGUGUUUCCCCAUACUUUGAGACAUUUGUUUAGUCGUGGCCUAACGGAUAAGACGUCCGGUGAAUUCGUGUUGAGCGAUGCGAUGUACCGGUGUUCGAAUCUCAGGCGGGUACCAAUUUUUCUAAUGAAAUACGUACUCAACAAAUGUUCACGAUUGAUUUCCACGGUGAAGGAAUAACAACGUGUAAUAAAAAUUAAACCCGCAAAAUUAUAAUUUGCGUAAUUACUGGUGGUAGGACCUCUUGUGAGUCCGCACGGGUAGGUACCACCACCCUGCCUAUUUCUGCCGUGAAGCAGUAGUGCGUUUCGGUUUGAAAGGUGGGGCAGCCGUUGUAACUAUACCUGAGACCUUAGAACUUAUAUCUCAAGGUGGGUGGCGCAUUUACGUUGUGGAUGUCUAUGGGCUCCAGUAACCACUUAACACCAGGUGGGCUGUGAGCUCGUCCACCCAUCUAAGCAAUAUAAAAAAAAAAAAAAAGAACUUUCAUUCAAGAAAAUUGUCAUCUUUUCUUGUGGGUCUCGUAAAUACUACCAAGAAAUUCAAAAAAGAAUGGCAACAUCAUUAUCUGGGGAGCUAUAUUAGCAUACUACAAUCUUUCCAUUUAUUGACUGCAACACCCAGUGUGUCCCUGCACAUAUUAUUAUAGGUACCAACAUCCUGCCUAUUUCUGCCCUGGAGCAUUUAUCCUUUCUGCUUUGAGGGUUGAAAUAGCCAUUAUAAAAUACAAUUGAACUUAAAUUUGUAUCUUAACAGGUGUGGCUGCAAUCAUAAAAUGUCUAUAGAUAGGCUAUGGUAACCAUUAAACAACAUGUGAACUGUUCAUUCUCACAUCUAAAAUAAGAUGUGUGAACAAUAAUUUCUAAGAUAGAAAUGCUUAAAGCUUUUGAUGGAGGUAACGAGAGGAUGCCCCAUCCCUUUCCUGCAAACCAUUUAGUAUAGAAUUUACAGUGUUAAUUUUAUAUCUACCUGAUUUGCUUAGUUUUGAACAGGUUGAAUUUUUGGAGAUUUUGAUUUAGACAAAAAUAUCGGCUUACAUGAAAAUUCCAUUAAUACAACAGCUACCUUUAACUCCCAGAAUAAAUCUAUACUAAAAAAAUACUAAUAUAUAAAUCUACAGUGUUUUUUACCAAUGUUCUGCUAUAACUACUGAACCAUGCAUCUGAUUGACUUGAAACUUGGUAUCCAUGUAGAAAAUACAUGUACUUAAUGGAUAGGCUAAUAUUUAUAUGAGUGUUGGACUCCCUACACCAGUUGUGGGGGUGUUAAUGAUGAGAAUCUUUGUGGGGGUGAGAAAUAAUAAUGUUAAUUUUAAAUGCCCAGUGAAGCAAACGGUGCAGCUAGUUCUUUAUAAACAGAUUGGGAACUUGGGUUUGAAACAAAUUUGGUAAUAAUAACAAUUAAUUUGCAAUGUUGCCUUGCGAACAUCUGCUAUUUAAAUAGGGAUUAUGGAGUUAGGUAGGAAAAGAUGGCAAAAUUGCAAAACAUGGGCACAUAAAAGGAAACAUCUGUUGUUUAUGUCUAUUCAACACUGGGGCACAAGAGCUUGAAAUACUGUAAUUGCUGAGAAAUUGACCAUGAUUGGUGCUGAGAUGCAUUUGAACAGCCACCGGUUUUUUUGGGUGCUUUUGAUAUGAACUGAAGUCCUGAGCGUCUACUUAAAUUAGAUUUUUUGAAAAACAACACCAGGAGAUCUUUAAGUAAAAGCUGUACUGAAAAGAUUUGAUGACCAUUUGAGAAUUGCUCAGUGUAGGUCUCAAUAAACUGACAAUUUUUAUGUUGGAUUUAGUCCUGGACAAUGAUGUGGAACACUAGGAAGUCACAAAAGCUCCAAAUUCUGAAGAUAUUUUUGAAAAGAAAUCCAAGUUGUCGUUGUCAUUAAAUGACACUCUCCUUAAAAGAAAAGCAACUACGUAUUUUAUGCAAUACAUGGAAACCAUCGGACAACAUUUACUUGUUAAAUGUUGGCUAGAUUUGGAAGAUUUCAAAUCACACUUUAGAAAUACAGACAAUGUUAGAAAAAAUAAUUUUGUAUUCUGUAAAACUCAGAGCUGUGAUCUAUAUUGUGAUCACAGUCAUUUACAGUCCAAAAUUGAGCACAAGGAAAAAAUCUCACAAAAAGCCAACUGUCACAACACUGUGAUAAACACAAAUAAUACAAAUAUAACAGUGUUAUCUUCUACUAGUUCAUGUGGAAGUUUAUUUGACCAGGUAGUGCUAAAUAUGUACGGGAAUAAUAAAAAAUCUCAAAAUUCCACUGAAGAAGCUGUAAAUUUAUUCAAAAAGUAUAUAGCUUUAGAAGCACCAUAUCAGAUAGAUAUACCUGAUAAUGUAAGAAAAUCAGUGAUAACAAAUAUUUGUCAUGUGGAUGGACCGACUGAAGACUGUUUUAAGUCAGUGCAAGAUAUGCUAUUUACUCGAAUCGAAGAAAAUCAUUUUGGUGACUUCCUCAAUACUCCACUUUAUAUCAAAGCACAAAUAGAUAUACUCACAAAUGGCUCUCUCCAAUUGAAAGAUAUUUUAUACAAUGACACACUCUUAUUUUACUUCACUGAAUAUUUGGAACAAGAAUCUUGUAGGAUAUUGCUUGAAUUUUUAAUGGCCAUUAUACAUUUCAGAGAUAACUUAAUCAAUAAUAAUAAUGAUAAUGCUGAUCAAGCUCAAGCUGACGCCAUUGUAAUAUACGAAAAAUACUUUUCCUUACAAGCAACUAACCCACUUGGUUUCCCAACAGAUAUUAGACUUAAAAUCGAGAGUGAAAUAUGUAGAGAAAACGGACCUCAGUAUGAUUGUUUUGAUCUGCCUUAUCGAAUAGUUUAUAUGACAGUUACCCAUUAUGUGAAAACAUUUCUUGAAUCCAAUAUGUACUAUAAAUAUCUUUCAGAAAUGAUCCACUCUGUGGAUUAUAAUAUGUCAUCGCUAAAUCAUAAGUCUUAUUCUGACUGUAGCAGUGAAUAUAGUGUCAGUACACAAAAUACAUUGCUGGCAAUGGGGGAUCCAGUCUUCCGAAGAAAAAAACGCAACCACUCUGUACCUGAUAUGACGAUAGACUCUAAUCAGCUUUACAAUGCAGAUUCACUAUGGAAAAGAACUAGACAUGAAGGCCUUACUUUAGGAAGAAUAAAUAGUUUAGGUAGGUUUGAAUCCAAGUUUGAACCAGAUCCAGACAAAAAAGAAUCUGUUUUAAAAAAAAUGGUAAAUCGCUUUGUGCCAAUAAGUACAUCUAAAGUAGAAGAAGAAAUGGCUUGGCAAAUAGCCCACAUGAUUGUAAAAGAUGUAACAGAUCUGACUAUGGCACCACCAGAUAAUGAAGAAGAAGAAAUGUAAAGAAAUGUGAUAAUUGUCAUAAAAAUUGUAAUUAAUAUAUUUUAUACAUUAGAAAUUAAAGACUUACCAAGUAAAUGUUGAUUGAAAAUAAAUAUUAAUUUUUAGAUA